AUGGUAGAGGAAACUUCAUGGGGUUCAAAAGCAGUCUAUGAUAUGCCUUGGUGUGUGCACUCGACUACAAUGGUGAACCAAACGCUUGACUAUGGACACGCCUACUUGUUCUUCACUCGCUCAGAUACAGAAUCCAUCGAUCCGAAGGUUGUUCAGCUUGCUGUUUCCGGACACGUCAUUGAACAGUACUUCAGCAUAGCAUUAUUGACUGUCUUGGUCUAUCACGCUCGUACGCAUCACGAUUACUUGAACUUAAAGACUGCUGACGGCUGUGCCUAUCCAAAUUCCAGUUUCUACGAUAGACAAGGAGGUACGUUCACUGUGUUGAAUCCCUAG